UUUAUUGGUAUUUGAAGGGUUUUAGCUCCCCACAGAAAGCAGGGAUGGCAUCGCUAAUGCUCUUGAGAGGUUAAUAAAAACUUUUCAUAGGGUAAAGAUCCCUGGAGAUCUUACUAUUACCAAGACAGGCAACAGCAUGCAUAUAGUAAGAUCAAGUCCGCUAAAACAGCUUCACGACCUAGUCGGCUACAUAGAGAGUUCUCUUCCUGUCAAGGAAUAUCCAAUAGUAGGAUUUCUUGAUAUUCGAGGUGCUUUCAGUAAUGUAAAACCGACGUCAAUCAUUAAGGAGCUGAAGUUUCUAGGCGUCAAAACUACCAAUUUGUGAAAAGUGCAAAAACAAAAACAUUGUGAGUCUGAGCUGGCAACAGCCAGACAAGAUCAAGUGAAAUUUAAGUGCUGCAAAAAGCGGAACAAAUUAAUUCAAAGUCACUUUAACCAAACGCGGUACGGUUCGGUAAAACCCAACAACAAAAUUUACAAAAAAUUGAACAUUGAAGAGUUCUAGAAGAGUAUAGAAGAGUCUACAGCUCCGCUACCACAGUACCGCUAAUUCAGCCACUGCAACCAAAGGAGCUUCACACACUCUCUUACACAUACACACAGACACAAAGAGAUCAAAGAAUGGCAGCCUACUUGCCCCCUCCAGAAGACGAGCGGCCUCAAGGAAAAGAGCGUCGUCAUCGGGACGAACGAGGAGCGGAACCCCGGCCCCAACGAAAUCCGUCUCGAAAUCGCGACCGCGAUCAUGUAGAUCGGCGCGGAAGACCCACUUUCUGGCAGUACUCUUGCGGUCUCUGCCAAGAUGACCAUGCGCUGAGCACAUGCCGCCGAUUCCGGGACCAGACCCCAUACCAACGUUACGAAACUGUGGAGCGGCGGGGGUAUUGCCGUAAUUGCUUGGCGCGCAGUCAUCUUGCACCUGAUUGCCAGUCCAUCGCAGGCUGCCGUCGCUGCGAGGAGCGACAUCACACGCUGCUGCAUGGGGCACCGCAGCUUGAAAACAUGGAGAGGCCCGCCGAUGAUUUUGCUCCUGCCAACAACGCCAGACCUGCACCCACAGCAUCCCCACCCUUUAAGUGGGAUCUUGUCUUUGUGCCUACUGCCAUGGUACGAAUAGCAGAGGAUGGGGUCGAUACUUGGGCCACCGUGCGAGCGUUGAUCAAUCAAUCAUCUACAAUGUCUCGGCUGGCCUAUUCUACAUUCCGGCGACUUGGACUACGAUCGUGUACAUACCAGGGCAACAGGUUUACAACCUUCCGAUUGAUGCAUCGCAGCCCAAAUAGCAACUGGGCACUUAAGAUUAAUGCACUCAUCACAGAUGCAUUGCCUUUCCGACCCUACUCAGACCCACUUUUGGAGGACCCGACCCGUGAUUUAGCGCAAGACACCCUUGCUGAUACAGACCCUAGAGCCAACACGUCAAUAGACUUAGAAUUGGGCGCGGAUGUCUAUCCGAGACUGCAGAGGGAUGGCCAUGUCUUUGCCGGCUUGGCUACGUCUUUGUCGGACCCAUCCGGAAUAUGCCUAGACACUAAGCUAACAUUUUAGAAGAAUUACACUUGUCACGGGGGGGCAAGAUGUUUAGCAUAGUGCUAAACUUUUGCUCAGCACUGUAGUGCUAAACUUUUGCACAUAACUAUAACUAGCGGGUUGUCACUGCAUGCAUAUGCAAUGUAUGUGUGUGUGUCAGCAGCCGCUAGUUACAAGUUUUUUCAUCUCAUGGUUGUUGUUGCCGUCUGCUGAAUUCAAUCAGCAGCCGGCUUCAGUGACAAAAGAAGAAGUCAAAAUAAUUAUUAGUGAUCGAUACCUUAAACAAAACGUUCGCUCUCCCCGUGACAACAAACAAAAGCAACAAAAAAGGGAAUUAGAAUUUUUGAAAAUUAAGAACAAAUGUGAAUGUGAAACCAAGUGUAUAAAAAAGAAAAUAGAUCUACCUAUAUACUUACCAAGCUAUAUACUUACCUACCUAUAUACUUACCAAGCUAUACACUUACCUGCCUGUGUACUUACAUGCCUAUACCUACUUAUAUAUGUUAAACCAUAAAUACAUAAAAAUUAAAGAAGCCAUUUACACUGUUGAACAAAAAUACUCACCCAAAUGUACCAUCUGAAAGAAAAGUUAAAAAUACAAAAAAAGACAAAUUAAUUUUUACCUGAAUUGUUAAUUCUUGCUAAGUGUUGCCUAGUCUGCUAAAACUUACCUUUUUUGCUUAAAUUGUUGAAAGUUAAAAUUAUUAAAACUAUUAUUGCACGAAUUGAUUUAACCUAAAUUAUAUUGCACCUUUGUUACUAUAUUGCACUUACCCAUCGUUUUGAUACAUAAUAAAUUUGUGAACUGAAAAUUAAAAGUGCCAAUUGUACAU